AUGGCCAGAGGGAGGAAAAAGAAUCAUCGAGACGGCGCUACUAGCCGGACAUUCAUUGCUGAUGAGUCUACAACAACAGAGGGUGUCCUGGUCGAAGAAGACAGGGGCCCUCAAAUUCCGAUACAACUGGCUAUGUGGGACUUGAAGCACUGUGACCCAAAACGAUGUUCAGGAAAGAAACUUGAACGGCUAGGAAUGAUACGAGCUUUACGUAUCGGAUCUUCAUUCAAAGGAAUAGUAUUAUCGCCUCGAGGCACACAGGCUGUUUCGCCUGCCGACAGGGAUUUGAUCAAAACCAAUGGAAUCGCUGUUGUCGAAUGCUCGUGGGCUCGUAUAGAAGAGGUGCCAUUCGAUAAAAUGAAGAGUCUUCAUGACCGUUUGUUACCAUACUUGAUUGCUUCAAAUCCAGUGAAUUAUGGAAAGCCAUUCAAGCUUAAUUGUGCGGAAGCUAUCGCUGCUUGUCUGUACAUAAUUGGCGAGAAAGAUUAUGGAGAUAUAAUAAUGUCUAAAUUCACAUGGGGUCAUGGAUUUUAUGAACUUAACCAAGGACUAUUCCAAGAAUACGCCUCAUGUACUGACUCGGCUGAUAUUGUACGAGCACAGAACGCGUACAUGGAACGCGAGCUGGAAGCUUCGAGGAGGAGAAGGACGACGAGACAAGUCGAUGACUCUGAUAGUGAUUUGGAAGUCAAUCCAAAUCAUUUACGAGGCGAGGAUGAAGACGAUAACGAGGAGGAGGAUGAAGACGAUGACGGGGAAGAUGGUGACAAAUCACACAAUCAUGACGAAAAUGACAGUGAUGACGAUUUUGAAGAUGACGAGGGCGUCGAGUAUAUAACAGACAAGCUUGGCAACACGGUCAAGGUCGUGAGGUGA